CCGAUGAAAGAUCAGGAGGCCGACCGCUCAGAUGCAAGACAAUUUAUCCAGUCUCGUGCAGAAUACAUGGAUCUCAAAGAAAUCAGAACCGAACGCAAUAUCAAAGAACAAAGGGCUCAUCAAGUGGCUGAUUACACGCCUCUCCAUCCAUCAACACGCUCUUGGGAGGUGCCAAGGGAUCGCGUGUCUGUAGAAAAAAUCAUUGGUAAAGGUGCUUUUGGUCAGGUUGCUAAGGGAACAGCUGAGCAACUUCAUGGGAGGCCUGGGACAAUUACAGUGGCUAUCAAAAUGCUCAAAGGUAACGCUGCAGAAUCUGACAAAAGAGAUUUGAUGGCGGAACUUGAUACAAUGAAGCAGCUAAAACCACACCCUCAUGUCAUCAAACUUUUGGGAUGUGUUACGGAAUCUGAGCCACUGCUGGUGUUGAUAGAAUAUGUUCCUUUUGGAGACCUGCUGGGCUACCUGAGAAAGAGCCGUGGACUUAAUGACACUUAUUAUAAAGACCCGGAUAUCAAACCACAAACAAACUUAAGAUCACAGCAGCUGAUGAAGUUCGCAUGGCAAAUCGCUGAUGGCAUGAGCUACUUGUCGUCGAAAUCUAUCAUCCACCGAGACCUCGCAGCUCGUAACGUGCUGGUCGGAGAAAAUGAAACAUGUAAAGUAACAGAUUUCGGAAUGGCUAGAAAUGUGCAAGAGGAAAAUAUCUAUGAGAGAAAGACAAAGGGUCGCCUUCCAGUAAAGUGGACAGCUUAUGAAGCGCUGUUAUAUGGAAAAUAUACCACCAAAAGUGAUGUAUGGAGCUAUGGAGUUGUCCUUUAUGAGAUUUUUACAAUAGGUGGUUCACCGUAUCCGCGGAUGGAUGGCAGGAAAAUUGCCAGCUUACUUCAGCAGGGAUACAGAAUGCCUAAACCACAACAUGUGGAUGAUAAAUUGUACGACAUGAUGUUGAGAUGCUGGCAAGAUGACCCGGGUACAAGACCAACCUUCUUUGAUCUAAGAAACCAGCUCAAAACAAUGGAAACAUUGCACAAGAGGCUGAUCAACAUGAAAAUCUACGACAAGCAGUUGUACGCAAACGUUGAGGAUUUGGUGGAGUAGGUGAUGACAAGUUGUCAGGGUUUGAGGAAGGAAAUUAUUCUCCCCUCUUCAAUUGACGUUCUAAAAAAUUAUAAGAUCACAAGGCGACGAAUUUCAAGGCUAAUGUUAGUGAAGUACCCACACUUUAAUUGUAGUUAGUUUAUUUUUUUUCAUUCAAUUUAGAUUUAGUAUAAAGCAGGCGUUUGCAUAACCAAAACAAAGUAUCUUCAAUAAACAAAAAUAAAAUAUGAGACAAAUUUGUCAAAACUGACGGGUAGUUUCCCUCUGUCAGAGUUCCUUUAUUUUUGAAACCGUUGACUGGGUAUGUAGAUUUAUAUUGCAUGCUUAAGUAUGUAUUACAAUUCGUUAAUUUUAUCAGAAAUGUGCGUUUGAGUGACCAAGUUUUUAGAAUUGGUUCAAAAAAGACAGUAAGGCAUGUAGAGGCUAUUAUAGAGAGAAAUCCUCCCUUUGGAGGUGGUUAUCUUCAUUAUCAUAAUCAUCAUUAUCAUUAUGACUAGUAUUAUUAUCAUCAUUAUUAUCGUUAUUAACAUUAGUCUUUUUAUCAUUGUUAUAAUCAUGAUCAUAGAAAUUACAAUUUCCUCCAUUGUGAUUGGGUUUAGAAUCUCCUUUUUUCCUCUAAUUCUCUCGUCAAGUUGUUUUUGAACAGUUUGUUAUCGGGCAGUUCAAUUAGCCAAUCACAUUCAAAGGUAAAGUGUAAAUCCGCCAAUCACAUUCAAAGUUGCAAUUUGAAUCGACCAAUCACAACCAUUCUACAGUUUACGCCGCCUUUGUCAGUGUCUUAAUGUAAAUUUUCCCUUUCUUUCAUAACUUGACUAUUCUUCUCUUCCCGGAAUUUGAAAUUUUUAUGAUUAAAUGCUUAAUUGGUAAUAAGACUUUGUGUCGUCCAAUUUGGUCUGUAAUCACACUCAUGAUAAACAAAUCAGACUCCCGCUGCGCCUCACAUUUUCCUCUUACCAUGCAGCUAGUUUUAAUAUUUCUUGGUUCCUUUCAGAACCUCGACACUAUAUAUACGUAUCAGUAUGCUCAAUUCCAGCUAUAUAUUUGAAAUGCUUUGCGGUAAUUUCGUUCACAUGAUCACGCAAAGAAAAUAACCCUAGGGCUGAUUUCAAAUGCAAAAUAUGUCAAGUGAGUUUGAAAUAAGGGUCAUGGCGAAAUUUUAAGGCUUUGUAUGGGAUUAUUUACGACCUCCAUUAGGAAUAAAAAAAAUAAGUCAAAUUGUCAAUA